GUUGCUACUUGGUGGAAUUCUGAUUUUGCUUGUAUUGAAUCAUACCUCCUCUUAUACCCUGUUGUUGAACAGUUAAUUAGUGUCCAGCAUUUGAAACUUCAAAAUUUCAUUCUUAAUUCUUCUCAACAAACUCUUGUACAAGAUUUACUUUAUGUUCUUUCAGUAAUAGAGGUUCCUCUCAUUUCUGAUGUAAUUCCUAUGUUGCUUGACAUUUGUCAGGCACUUGAAUGUGUUAGUAAGGAUGAGAAUUUGUCUAACAUUCUUCAUAUUGCUGCUAGAGCUGGAAUACUUGUUUGUGACAAGUACUUUACUCUCACUAGAGAGUGUGAAGUAUAUUUUAUUACUAUUAUAAUGUUGCUAGACAAGAAGUUGGAAUGGUUUACUAAGAGGAACUUUCCUGAAACUGUGGUUCAAGAGAUCCAGAGUCUUAUAAUCCAAUGUUAG